GUUCAUCUACGUUAUUAUCCUCAUCUCGUGUUAAGAAUUUUCACAAAUCGCAUCGUCCACCUUCAUCACUGAUCGCGAAUGGAAUAUCUGGAAUACUGAUCUCGAUCUCGGAAGGAAUCGGCUCGAAAGGGUUUCGACGAUGUGCCAUUCGUAUAUAGACGUCUGCCUAUCUUACUUUAUUUCCCCACUCCUUGAAAGAUGAGCGAUGGUGGCCCGCAGGAAAAUUGAAAUGGAUCGAAUUGAUAAAGAGACACGUGCGAAGAGAAAGAAAAGCCCCGGGGACCGUGGGGUAGGUGGGAGGUCGAGCAGGGUGAAAUCGCGGUGGCGGGGGGUGAGACGCUCUCUAGGUCUGCACGCUCCAACCCCUCAGUAACGCGGCAACCUCUGCCGUGUUCAGUUCCGCGUGUCCUCCCUCUUCCGUAUUCGCGUCGUGCCCUCUCGUGCCCCUUCGCCUUACGACCUCGUGCAUACCCCCCCGUCGAGAACCGAUUUCCCUCGUCGAAUUCGAACGGAGAAAGUAAAGGGUGGAGGAAGAAAAAGAGGAGAGAGCGGCGCGACGAUACUUGGUCGCACCGUCGCGAUCAACAGGUUAAUUCUUCCCAGCCGAAAAUCGAAACUAUCGGCGGUUCCAAAGGGUGAUCUCUAAUUCUGGCCAUCCAUGGAUAAAAUUCCCAAGGACCCCGUUGUCGUCCAUCGAAGGAGGCCACUUUUCCAUCGAAUGAUCGCGUCAUUGCCUAACAUCGGCGCGUGAAAAGCGCGAGAAGAGAAGAGAAGGGAGGGAGGGAUAAGUUGGACGCGGAGAUGAGAAUUCGAUCCGCUCCGGAAGAUUGGCGCGUUGCUCGGAGGAAACUCGUGGCAAUCCGGCACAACAAAGAGUCGAGCGGCGAGGGUUCCUGCAUUCUCUCGCUAGAUUAAAAGAAAAGAAACGAAAAAGGAAGAAAUUGAUCGAGAAAGGGAAGAAUAUCCAUUAUCCCCCAAGAAGGAAGAAUCUUGCGGUAAGAAGAUGGCUACGAACAGUCCGGGACAAUCGAUACACGUGAAAUCUCCCCGCAGUCCUCGCCAGCUACCGCAAUUACCGCAAAUCCCGAUCGGCGGCCAGCGAAGCCCCACGCAGUUGUCCGUGGGCAAGUCGCCUGGCACGCCGCUUGUCUUCGAGUUCCCACCCGAGUACUAUCCGGAGACGCCCAACACGAAUUUCGACUUCGAGCAGUUUGGCCGAGGGUUGAACGAGGCCGAGGCGAGGGGCCAGCAGAGGAGCCCGAGCUACUAUCCCCGUCAAGGGGGCAGCAGGAGUCCCAAGAGCCCUAACCCUGACCACCCGGCCCACCCCUCGCCCGGCAGAAAGUCGCCGAUAUUUCAAUUCGUGGCCGAGACCCGCAAGAAUCUCGGCAAGACGAUGAGCUAUCCACCGAGAAGCCCCAUCCGAUGCGGCGCACCCGGACCGAUCCCGUUAAGAUCGCCCAGCUCCGCGGGUUUCGCCCCGAAGAAGCCUUUCGAGGGCCAUCGUAGGAACACUUGUUUCGGGUUAAAUGGAUCGAAGAGGGAUACCAUGGGCGCGUCAACCAUGGGCCACGGUUCGCCCAGCCCGAAGCACGAGCGGAAAGAGAAGAAGAGCACGGGCGUGGAGCAACGAGAGGGGAGCAGCGCGGGUUACAAGAACGGGGGCGGAUCGAGGGCAGGUUCGGUGGAGGGAUCAGGCGACAGUCCGAGCGGGGCGAAGAGGGGAGGCGGCGGAGGUGGGAAGAGGAGCAGUCAUUUUAAUCGCAGUCAAGGGUGUUUGAACGAGGCUGAGAAUAGUCGGAGCGAGAGCCAAGAGGACGUUUACGGGAAGAAUGGAAGAAAUAUCUCGAGGAGGUCGACCAGCGACUUGACCGAUAUGGGGGACGCCGACACGGAAGUCACCCUGUUGUCCAGCCCAAGAAGAAGAGGAUCCAUGAAGGGUGGCCUCGCCUAUCUCGCGUCCAGACGUGGCUCCCGCGAUAGCCAGUGCUCCAAUUUGUCCAACGUCAGCAACGAGAGCGUGGGCCCGUUGAAUUUCACAGCGCACCCCCGUGCCAGGCAACGGAGAACUUCUAACUUCUUGGAAUUACCCGUGCCGGAUCACAUCAGGCCACGAGUGCACAGCCUGCCGGAGAAAGCGUACAAUCCGAGAGCGGGGGAGGAUCUGUACAGAUUGCGGGCAUUCAGCAUCACCCAUAAAGGCGUCGUUAAUCGUGGAGAUUCGAUUAUCUCGAGGCGCAGCAGGAGCAAUACUUCGGUCAACAGUAGCAGAAAUAGCAAUGUCUCGGGUGAAAGAUCGCCGUUCGAAGGCUCCUGUUGCAGCGGGCAAGGCGUCGGCGCGGAUAGCACGGAGAGCGAAGAAAUGGAGGAGGUGUCGAAAUAUCGGGUGGUGCUGCUCGGCGAUUCCGGAGUCGGGAAAACGGCCCUCGUCUCCCAAUUCAUGACCAGCGAGUACAUAAACACGUAUGACGCCAGUUUAGAUGACGAGUUCGGCGAGAAGACGGUGUCAAUUUUGUUGGACGGCGAGGAGUCAGAAAUGGUGUUUAUCGAUCAUCCGCACGUGGAGAUGAGCGUCGAGAAUUCUUUGUCCACCUACGAGCCGCACGCCUGCAUCGUUGUGUAUUCUACUGUGUCUCGCACGAGUUUCCAGGUCGCCGAGGAGAUUUUAAACUAUCUGUGGAGGGAGCAUUACACGCAAGAACGAUCCGUGAUCGUGGUCGGCAACAAAUCAGACCUUGCGAGAAGUCGAACGAUCACGGCCAACGAGGGUAAGCAGUUGGCGGCAUCGAGGGAGUGCAAAUUCAUCGAGACGUCCAGCGGUAUCCAGCACAAUGUGGACGAGCUAUUGGUAGGCGUGCUCAAGCAGAUCCGGCUUCGGGAGAAUCGUGACAAGAAGCUGAAACGGCAGGGUAGCAAGAGGAGGAUACUGUCGAAGCUGCACGGUAGUAAGACGGCGCUCAGCCUGAAUCUCGCCAGGGAGAUAUUGAACAAGAUGUGCUUGAACGACAGCAAGAGCAAAAGCUGUGAGAAUCUGCACGUGUUGUAAGGGAGAGAUAAUAGCGAUUAGACCGAUCGAUAUUUCAAUUCGUUUCCUAAUGGAUCGCGCGAAUGGAAGGGAAGAGGCGGGGAAAAAAAACUUUGGUUGAACGGUGGAACGUUUUUAGUCGAUGAAAAAUCGACUAAUUUGAAAGAAACUGUGCUGCGGCCAAGUAUCGAUCAACGAAACAUCGACAUUACAUUAAUGGAAAUGUUGCAUCCUCGAGAUCGGGGUUUCGGGGAUUUAAGAGGAUUUUUAUUAAAAUCGUUCGAGCUAAUGGAUGGUAGGAGGGAUGGAGGGGUUUGAAUUGAACCGUGUACACAAAAAAAUCGGGUUUUUCCGCGGAUAUCGAUUUCCAGCCACGUUUUUACUCUCAUAACGAAUUCAGGAGCCUAUGCGUGCCACGUCCAGAUCCACGCGCAAACAAGAAAACUUUCACCAAUCCCUCUCUGAUCGAAUAAUAUUCGCUUGGCUCCGGAAUCGUGCCAACCGAGUGGAUAACCCGUUUCUAAAAAAAUUGAAGAAAAUUGGCGAACGAAUUCCACCCGAAUUUCCAAUAAUUUACCGAUCGAUAUUUCUUCAUAGUAACAAUUAUUUAUCGAAUUUAUCGAAUUUUUAAUUUGAACUCUGCAACAUUGGAGUUGAAACAAUGUUAAACGUCAGAUAAACGAACGAUUUGACGAAAAAAUCGUCUCAAGAAUCUUUCUGAUCGAUUAAAAAGAAUUGUUCGUUCGUUUCGCAAAUUUUUAUCGAAUUAGAAUCGAAGACGAAUGGGACGAGAAAUUAAUCGUGGAAGCAGAAAUAAAUUUGGCGCGUCCCGUGCGCGAUUCGAUUAUUUAUUAGGACUUAAUGAGUAACACGUGUCCUCGUAUCUCGUGUUGCAACCGGUCCUUCUGUUGUGACGCUGGCUUUAUAUACUGGGUGAUUCCUCGCGAAAACGAUCGAUACGCUUGCCCCACAAGUUGGGGGAGGGAGAGGGAAAAGUACCGAAGCACGGCAUUUUAUGGGCUGGAAGGUGUUAAAAGAACUUCAAGGUUUAUUACUUGCACUUUCUCUCUAUGUCUUUCGGAAUAAACUUUAUCGAUCGCAAUCUUUCCUUUUCGUUUCUAAUUAAAAAAAAAAACACGCACACACACACGUGGAUGUAUCUCUCAUUCUCUCGAAAUUGAAAUUUCAAAGAAAAAUUUCGCGUUUUAUAUGAUUGAAAAUUUGCACGGAUGUGAUGUGAUUCGAGGUGAUUCGUGAAACGUCAAUCGCGUUUUCCGUUUCACAUUGUGGAGAUUCGUGGAGAAUUCCUGAGCGGAGUUAAAGAGAGGAGAAGAAUGAAUUUUCCGAUAAUUGCGGUUACGCAGUCCCGAUUAAACGAUUUCUAUUAACGGAGAUAAAAACGGGCGGAUCGUAGUCUGCUUUCGAAACGAAUUGAUUCCCGUCAAAGCGAAACUUAUCCACGGAAUCGUUCCUCGUCUGGCUCGAUUUUCAAAGCGAUUACGUUUGCCAAGAGAUCGAGACUUUACGCGUGAUCCAUGAUUAAUUAAAUUAGCUGGAUAAGUGGAAAAAAGAAAAAGAAAAAAGACAAAGAUGCUCUUCCGUAAAUGGCGGCAAACUUUGAAAUAUUGAAAUUUCGCUUUGAGAACAGAAUCGAAGUAUCUAGUUCAUCUAACUGGACGCUGGUUUCGUCCAAUUCGAGCGACGCUGGACGUCCAAAACGUUUCUUAUUAUUACACGAAAUUAUGUAUAUGUAUAUAUUAAGGUAAUAUUAAUAGUUAAAUGAUUAUAUAUAUAUAUAUAUGGAAUAAGUUGUUUUCCAAGAAUUCCUAUCAUUCUGGAAGUCUUGACUCGAGAAAUUCUUGUAAUUUUCCGCGAUUAAAAAUAGAGGGCAGCUUUGAUCAAAAAUAAAUUUAGCGGGUGAUCCAUCUUCGAUAUAUUUUUAAUUUGUCUUCCACGAUCGAGGAAGACGCGCGUUCGACUUCCAUUCCGUUUCCCCUCCCACGAAAAACAAAGAUGGUUUGGCCGCGAAAACUGGUGUCACGUGUUUAGAAAAGUAUCGUCGAAACGAAAAAGAAAAAGAAAAAGAAAAAGAAAAAAAAAAAAGAAAAAUUUCAAAUCGAGUAGGGACGGCCUAAAAACGUACAAGGCGGAUGGAGAAGAAUAUUCCUUCCGUCGGUAUAUGUGCAUGUAAACUUACUGUAUCAUUGUAUUAUUAAUGUUUAUUAUUUUGAUAGAAGGCCAGUUGAUUAUCAAUAACGAUCGAAAAUUGCAACAAUUUUCGCAAUAAUGUGU